CUCGCGCCCGCCAUAUCUGCUACGGUCUCAGAGACGUGCCUGUAGCUUCAAUUCGCAACUUGCUGUCAAUCCCCCACACAAACAGCCACCAUGUUCAUAGCACGAAGCGAAUAUGAUCGUGGUAUCAACACCUUCUCGCCCGAAGGCCGUCUCUUCCAAGUCGAAUAUUCCCUAGAAGCCAUUAAGCUUGGCUCAACAGCGAUAGGUGUAGCAACGGGCGAGGGCGUAAUCCUCGGUGUAGAGAAGCGCGUAACCUCCACCCUCCUCGAGACCAGCUCCGUUGAGAAGAUUGUCGAGAUCGAUCGCCACAUUGGCUGCGCAAUGUCUGGACUGCAAGCCGAUGCACGAAGCAUGAUUGAGCACGCCCGCGUCGAGAGCCAGAACCACGCCUUCAACUACGCCGAGCCCCUACGAGUCGAGAGCUGCACGCAGGCGAUAUGUGAUUUGGCGCUGAGGUUCGGCGAGGGUGCAGAGGGCGAGGAGAGCAUCAUGAGCAGGCCGUUUGGUGUUGCGCUGUUGAUUGCAGGUUAUGAUGAGGACGGCCCAAGUCUAUACCACGCCGAGCCCUCGGGCACAUUCUACCGUUACGACGCCAAAGCCAUUGGUUCUGGAUCCGAGGGCGCGCAAGCAGAACUACAGAACGAGUUCCACAAGUCGCUAACCCUCGCCGAAGCAGAGGUGCUUACGCUCAAGACGUUGAAGCAGGUCAUGGAGGAGAAGCUGGAUAGCAAGAACGUGCAGUUGGCGAGCGUCACCAAGGACAAAGGCUUCAGGAUCUACACCGACGAAGAGAUGGCCGAAGUCGUCGGAAGGCUACCAACCAACUAGAGUCAGGUUUCCAUGUGAAGGGAUGGUGACUCGGCAGGGUCGGGAACGAAAUCAUAGCACCUCGAUCGAUAUGAUUGAGUUACGCGAAAUGAAGCAAUGACCAAUGAUGAUGUGUUGAUGGUGGUUAGGUGUGAUCUACUCCAUAAUGCGGGCUGUGAGGCGCAAAGACGUGUAGGUUUCAUGCUGGAUAACAUCCAAGUAGAUUGUGCCCUUUGAUGAAAC